AUGGCAAUUCCACGACGGACCACCACCUCCUCUGGUCAGGGAUCAAGCUAUGCGGAUGUAUCGGAGUUGGACAAGUAUAAGUUGGUAUCGAAUAUAGGUAAAGGCAGUUUCGGUGUCAUAAGUAAAGUGCAAAGGGUGACAGAUGGAAAGGAAUUCGCCCUCAAACAACUUGAUUACUCUAAAAUGACUGAAAAAGACCGUAAGCAGAUUUUAGCUGAAGUAGCAAUUCUUGACUCGCUGAAACAUCGCAAUAUCGUUCAACUUAUACAGAAGAUCAAAGAUCCUAAAAAUGAAAGGAUAUACAUCGUCAUGGAGUAUUGCACUUCCGGUGAUUUAGGCACGUUGAUACGGAAGGCUCAAAGAUCAAAUCAACCCAUCCACGAGGACAAAGUAUGGAAUAUCUUCCUGCAGAUCACUUUGGCGCUGCACCAUUGUCAUUGGCCUACUGAACGACCAUCGAAGCUCGGCGUGGCGAGGCUGAGCCAAGGUACUCAGCAAACGGCCGAUGGCGGCAUUGCAAGAUAUCAAGUUCUACAUAGGGAUCUGAAACCUGAGAAUGUGUUUUUGUCAGAUGAAUUCGUCAAACUUGGUGAUUUUGGUUUGAGUAAGGAUAUGGGUACUGCUUCCUUUACUUCGACAUACGUAGGAACCCCUUUAUAUAUGCCUCCUGAGAUUCUUGCCGAAAACCGUUAUGACACCAAAUCGGAUAUUUGGAGCUUAGGUUGUUUGGUAUAUGAGAUGUGUGCUCUGCAUUCUCCAUUUUCUCAAGCCCAAACCCAAGCGGAGUUGAUUUCCCUGGUCAAAUCAGGCAAACUCCCCUCUCUUCCUGCUCAGUAUUCGCCUGCUCUCAAGAACGUCAUCAGGGCAAUGUUGACUCUCAAUCCGAUCAAACGACCUUCCACCAAAGAUCUGUUAGAAAUGGAUGAGAUGAAGUUGCAUCGCAAGCUAUUUACAGUCCAGAACCAAACAUCGCUGCUUCUAUCUAAGAGGGACGAGCUCAAAUCGUAUGAGGAGCAACUGCGAGCGAAAUCAUCAGCACUAGAGGAGCGUGAAAAGGCAUUGGUCGCUAGGGAGGCUGCGAUAGAAGCUCGAGAAGCUAUCUGUGAGAGUAGGGAUGAGGAAGCGACAGAGACACAGCGCAGAUUGAAUCAAGCUGCUGAGAGCUUGAGGGCACAGUGGGAAAGAUUACGAGAAGAGAAGGAGAAGUUGAGUUUGAUGGCAGGUGGUCAAGAAGUGUUGGUGGAAGACGCUCGUCCGGCCAAAUCAUCUGCUCCGCCUUUAUCACGGCCAGGUCUCGAAGAGCGCAGCAAUACACUGCCUUUACCCGUCACGUCGCGAUUCUCACGUCUCGCUCAUCCAGCGUAUGGCGAUACACCUUCCAAGAUCCCUCUCGCAGCUAUAUCAUCACCGACACCAUUAGAUCGAUUCGCUCAUUUGGGCAUUGCGCCUAAAGCUGCGACACCGCUUCGACGGAAUGCUACCAAAUCACUGGGUAAUUUAGCAGCAGCAGCUAAGAUGGAUGCUGUACGAGAUGCGGCCACAGCAAGUGCCAUGGCAGAAGCUACACCCGCCAAACAGAUCAACCGUGGUAUAUCGUUCCAUUCCAGAAAAAGAAGUAGUAUUGGAUCACCGGACGACUUGAAGAAUUACUGUGAAGACAUCAGUAUGGCUAUCGCGACUCCCAUGUCAGUCGCUAGUCCAUGGUUGAUGAGACCCAGAAGGAGCUCCUUAGUCCCUAUCAACUCCAACAACAACGGCCUAGGAUCAACAUCGUCUGGAUCUGGAUCUGGAUCUUCUUCGGGAACUGCCUCAUCAAGCAAUCCAGAAUCAGUAUUACCUCCAACUAUGAUACCUGCUCCUGUUGCUACGAACAGUUCCAUAUAUAGGGAAGCAGCUACACCCGCCAAAUGGAAUAUGGAAGAUCCAGAUUUACCUUCCCCGUUCUUGAAACGCCCUUCAUCCGCCCCUAUGCCAUCCCAUACUACCAGCAGUAGCGAACGACAAGUAUUAGGUUCCAUCAAUCCACCUCAAUCUCAGACUACCACUACCUCGAUAUACCCUAAUUUGAGUCGGCAACAAACUGAUCCUGUGAUUAAGAAACCUACCGGUGCAGGCAUGGGAGCCGGGAAUAUACCAAGGAGUAAAAGUGGGAAUCUGAAUUUGCAUCAACAUGUCUUGAGGAAUAACGCGAUUGUAGCUGGACGGACGAGCGGUGAUGGAUUGCCUGGUCAGGUUCAGGGUACGAUAAGGAGAUUAGGAGGCGGUGUUGGAAGGUAG